CGGCAGGUUCUCCGGACGCGCUAUGGGCAUGCUGCGGCGCGGUGGCCCGCAUGGUACAGGCUGGGCGCAGGGCGGCGGGUGGAGCGGCAACGGCGGCUAGCGGACGGUGCCGUCAGUGCAGGCAGGCAUUUUUGAUGAAACACAAUCUGGACCGGCCGACGAAGACAUCUUCAAGUUGAUAAUCAGCCUUUCGACACCAACUGCAUCAAUAGCGAUAGAAUCCAUUGGUUCGAGGGUACACCUUGUCGACUGCUGCGUUCUUCCUCAAGAGGGUAUAGAAGUCCUCUGAGGAUAGUUCUACCGGCAGUGGCGCCGUACUUGUGUUGAAAACCCCCGCCGACCUUUUCAUUUGGUGAUGCGGCCCCUGGAGGUGUUGGCUGCGCUAGUUCUGUGGCCGCCAGUAGACGCCUCGGAUGACUGGCCCACUAUAAUUACUGGACUGGCUCACUGACUGAAAUAAGAAGUAUUGGUAAAUGCAUCAGCCAGGACGCACCUCUGAGUGUAUGCCGCGUCAUUAAGUGGUAGCUCUCGUCUUUUCCCUCAUUGACGACGUCUCGCUGGAGGCGGUGGGAGACGAUCAUCGUCGCUUGCCACAGGCAUCCUACGAAACGCGCAACAGCAACUGUUAUGAAGGCGACAGUGUUACUCCUUGCCGUGGCGAUUCUCCUCACGGGAGGCGCUUGCGGAGGACGUCGCCUGACGAGGGAAAAGAAGAACUACAUGCCUGACGCGAACAUAUGCUCUUACGAAGAAUCCGAGAUUGCAAGAAUUUCCAAAUGUUACUUCAGCCACUUACCAUCACAUACUUCUGUGAAAAACGACGUGGUUAUCGAGCCUGGGCGGAGCAACAUCAGCGAGGCCGCAGUGGCCGGCACUGUGGUCGCCAUUCUCUUCGCGCUCCUCGCCGCUGUGGAGUUCUUCCUUUAUUGUCGACUCAAGAGAGACAAGUGUUCAGGCGUCAGUUCCACAAUGGCCUUCUGCUGUCGCCUAAUGAAGACUGGAGUACCGGACUCGGAAGCGCGCGAUGAACGCGCAAGUUUCGCCGGAUGUGAUUCAGAUUAUGUGUCAUAUAAAAAUGUCAGCCCCCAGGAACCGCUUUUGAGCCCUGCCUUUCAACUGGACCGAGAGAUCAAAGCAAAGCUAGAGGCUGAAAACCUAUACAUCAAGAAGGAAAACCUUAUCAUUUGCGCGGUCAUCGGUCAAGGUCAAUUUGGUUGCGUCUACCGGGGCAUCUUGGAUUUGGGAGGCAAGAACAAAGCUCACACGUUGGCCGUAAAAACUCUUCAAAACAACACUCUGGGAGGAGAAGCGGAUGCUCAGGAGUUCCUGAGAGAAGCGCUGAUCAUGAAGGACUUUCACCACAUGAACGUUCUCCCUCUCAUCGGUCUCUGCGUUGAUGAAGCUGGUGGCCUUAUGGUCAUUACGCCGUACAUGAAACAUGGCGACCUGCUUUCCUACAUACGGAAUCCGAGAAACAAUCCGACUGUGAGAGACCUGCUUGGGUUUGGCAUCCACGUGGCCGAAGGCAUGAAGUAUUUGGCCGACCUGAAGUUUGUGCACAGAGACCUCGCAGCUCGUAAUUGCAUGCUGAGUGAAGAUUUGAUAGUCCGAGUAGCCGACUUCGGACUCUCUCGGGACGACUACGAGCAAGACUACUACAGCGAAGACAGAAUGAAGAAAAAGCUGCCUGUAAGGUGGAUGGCGCCGGAGAGCUUAGAGAAAGGCGUCUACAACCACAAGACGGACAUGUGGUCAUACGGCGUGCUGCUGUGGGAGCUCUUGACGCGUGGCGUGACGCCAUACCCUGACAUUCACAACUGGGACAUCGUCAAAUUCCUCAAACAAGGACACCGCCUGGAGCAGCCCAGCUUCUGUCCAAGUGAGAUUUACACCAUCAUGCUCAAGUGCUGGCAAGACGACACCAAUCGGCGGCCUUCGUUCACAGGACUAGCGACUCUCAUCACAGACAUAAGCAGCAGUUUCGUCAAAGGAAAGGGAAAUGUGAGAGCGGGCUUAAACAUUACCUACGGCAACUGUCCUCAGCCUGAAGCGGCCGCGGGUGCAGAAUAAAGCGCACAUGCCAUGUUCACCACAUCACCCGGAGAAGCAAUGUGGCGACCGGCUAUCCUCAGCAGCCUUCUCUAUGAGUGCGUCUGUUCCCAAAUGAACUUAUUUAACAACUAAACGUAAUGGAAUAGUCAACUAUGCCGAUAAUUCGUAAUUACACGGCAGCAAUCAGUGGAGGUCUCGUAAGAAAUGAACGACGUUGGCGUUGGACA